AUGGCCGCAACCUUGAAGGAGAAAAAUGUCCGGAAACCAAAUUUUUCCGAGAAGGAGAAGUUGCUCCUUCUUAGUGAGUGGGAGAAGCGGGCCGAUGUGCUCCGACCGAAAUUUUCGUCAAAGGUCACGUCCCAAAUUAAGCACGAAGCAUGGCGACAAAUUGCAGAGGCCCUUUAUUCAAGCUUCCCGUCAGUCCGUCGAGAUGUGCCGGAACUUCAGAAGAAAUGGCAGAACAUGAACAGUAAGAUGAAGGAGGAAGCCUCCAAAUACCGAAAGGAAUCAGUCAAAACCGGAGGAGGACCUGCCCCACCUGAUCUGAGCCCAAUGGACCAAAGAUUGAUGACCCUGAUAGGAGAGAACUCUCCAACUAUCGUAGGGAUCGUUGGUGGCAUUGACAGCCUCCCUCCUGAUGAUAACUUUGAGCCCGCAGUCGCCAUAUCAGCUGCUCAUGGUUCCAUUGCUGAUACACCGGAUGACAGGUAA